GCGUGGGUCUGGCGCGUUGGGACCUGGCGUGUACGUAGCGGGCCUGUGGUGGCCUCAGGUGCGCGCAGGAACGAUGCUGACUCCGGCGUUCGAGCUGAGCCAGGACCCCGAGUCCCUCACGAUUGCCAUCCGCGUGCCCCACGCGCGCAUCUCCGAGUUUGACGUUUACUUCGAAGGGGUGGACUUCAAGUUCUAUGCCAAGCCGUACUUUCUGAGACUAACACUUCCUGGAAGGAUUGUAGAAACUGGAACUGAGCAGGGAUCCUACGAUGCAGAUAAAGGAAUUUUUACCAUUCGAUUGCUCAAGGAAACUCCUGGCCAAUAUUUUGAGGGGCUGAACAUGUUAACUGCUCUUCUGGCCCCAAGAAAAUCCAGGUCGGCCAAACCGCUUGUGGAAGAAAUAGGUGCUUCUGGGGUUUCUGAGGAAGGAGCUGAAGAUGAGGAUGAAGACUUUGACUGGGAAAUUGAGCAGACUCCCUAUGAAGAGGUCUCAGAAAGUACCCUGCAAUCACAGUGUCACUAUGGAUUUGGAAACCUGCGAGCAGGUGUGGUUCAGCGGUUACAGGAUGAGCUGAAUGAGGUUAUUGAUAUUAAGGAUCCAGAUUUCACUCCUGCAACUGAACGAAGGCAGAAACGCCUUGCUGCUGAGCUGGCUAAAUUUGAUCCAGAUCAUUAUCUAGCUGACUUCUUUGAAGAUGAGGCGGUCGAGCAGAUUUUGAAGUACAAUCCAUGGUGGAAUGAUGUACACGCAGAAAUGAUGGCCUCUUUGGGAAAGAGCCAAGAGCAAGGAGCUGAUGCUGCAUUAGUGUCUUUUUCAGAAGAGGAAAAAUAUCAGCUUCGGAAAUUUGUGAAUAAGUCUUACCUGCUGGACAGGACAGCUCACCGUCAAGUAUACUACAGUUUAGUUGACAUUCUUCUGGCCUAUUGCUAUGAAGUCCGCGUCACUGAAGGAGAGUACAACGUUGAGUCUGCAUGGACUAUCAGAAAGCUCAGCCCAACACUCUGCUGGUUUGAGACUUGGACAGACGUUCAUGAAAUCCUGGUGUCUUUUGGAAGGAGAGUCUUGUGCUAUCCACUUUAUCGUCAUUUCAAGCUGGUGAUGAAAGCCUACAGAGAUACUAUAAAGAUACUGCAACUAGGUAAGAGUGCAGUCUUAAAGUGUCUCCUGGAUGUUCACAAAAUCUUUCGGGAAAAUGACCCAGCAUACAUUUUGAAUGAUCUCUACAUCUCAGACUACUGUGUAUGGAUUCAGAAGGCCAAGUCCAAAAAGUUGGCUGCCCUCGCAGAAGCCUUGAAAGGAGUCUCUCUCAGUAAGGACCAGCUGGGGUUAGAGCUACUGGAACUGGAAGCCGCCGCACUUCUGGUGCAGGAGGAAGAAACUGCCGGAAAAGCGCCCCAGUGUAGCCUCACACAGCAGGCUUCAGGUCCCAGUCCUGAGCCCAGUGACUCAGACAGCACCUCAUCAUCUGGCACAGAAGACUCAGCUUCAGAGGAAGAGGAGCUUGUUGGGAUUCAGCCCUCAACGCUCACUUCUCUGCAAGCCCCCCUUUUGGAAGAGGACAGUGCCCUGAUCAUCAGGAAUAGUGGGCUUUGCACAAACAUGGCCACCCAGGGAUGUGAAGUCAGUCAAGGGCGGCCACUGGCCUCUUCCCGGGCUCCUCUGAUAGAGGAGAUUGGAGAUGAUGGGCUCUGCAGAAACAUGGCCAUUUCCCGGGCUCCUCUGCUGGAGGAGAUUGGAGAUGGUGGACUCUGCACAAACAUGGCCUCUUCCCAGGCUCCUCUGCUGGAGGAGAUUGGAGAUGGUGGGCUCUGCACAAACAUGGCCUCUUCUCAGGCUCCUCUGCUGGAGGAGAUUGGAGAUGGUGGCCUCUGCAGAAACAUGACCACCCAGGGGUGUGAAGACAGUCAAGAGCAGCCACUGGCCUCUUCCCGGGCCUCUCUGAUAGAGGAGAUUGGAGAUGGUGGACUCCGCACAAAUAUGGCUACUUCCCAGGCCCCUCUGAUAGACAAUGUUGGAGACAAGCUGAAGACCGUGCUUUGGGUUUCCACACCCCAUGGUGUAAGUGCUGGAAGCCACAGCAGUAUGCAGGGUGGAGAGGAGAGGAGACAGGUGCCGUGUGAUUGACUCAAUUGGCUGACUCAUUAUGAGGAACUAGGUCAGCAAGACUUUCAUAUAGAAGUAGAAUUUCUGCUUUUCAUUGUGUACUUUUUCUGUGUGGAUAUAGGAUAUUGCUUUUCAGUGAGCUAACAUUUUUGAAUUUUUUAUUUUGCAACUUGAAAAAAUAAAGUCCUGAAGUAUUCUUUCCAAGGUGUAAGUAAUAUUUAAAACUGAAGACCAUAAUUCUAUUAGGUAUUGUGUAGAGCUCUGGAGCAGUGGUUCUCAACCUUCCUAAUCCUGUCACCCUUUAAUACAGUUCCUUGUGGUAACUCCCCCAACCGUAAAAUUAUUUUGUUGCUAUGUUACAACUGUAAUUUUGUUACUGUUAUGAAUCAUAAAUAUCUGAUAUGCAAGAUCUCUGAUGUGCAACCCCAAAGGGGCCAUGACCCACAGGUUGAAAACCACUGCUGUGGGCAGCUGACAGGUAGUACAUUUGGAGUGUACACUGAGAAAUGCUAGCAAGUGAAGAUACCAGGUGAAAUGCUCACUGCAGUCAGGGUAAUGAAUUUCCCUAUCAUUUCCAGCUGUCCUUGGACCAUUUGACACCCCUUUCUCUGAGCCAGAUGCCACCCACCUGUGUCCCCUAAGCAACCACUAAUCUUCUGUGUCUUAAGCCAGCGGCUUGCAUUGCACAUAAACUAAAGCAGGAAGUAUGCCCUUUUGGUCAGGCUCAUUCCACUGCACAUAACUAUUGUGAGAUCGAUGGGUACACUAAUGUGUGCCGAGUCUUUUGUGUUGUUUUCAGAGUAUGGAGACCAUUUCUUGGAGUAGCUUUGUGCAUUCACCCAGUGAUGGACAUUUGAAGUUGCUGCCAUUGUUUUGACUGUUAAUAAAAUUAUUGUAAGCCU